AUGGCCGGUGAAUCUUACCCCUGGAGCCUGGUUACGGCCAAAGAGUCUGUCGGUGAAGAAGUCAUUGACUAUGUCAUGAAAACGGAAGAACGGGCAAAAGUUGUGGAGCGCUUUGGCCAACCAACCGUACGCGAAGAGGACAUGACCGAAGAUGACGUGACACCAAAGGAUGAAAUCACAGAACUGUGCUACCCACUGAAUUUCCUCGCUGAGUUGGUUUCCUUCCAAAAGUCCUUUUUCGCAUCUGGGUUUAUCACGGCCAUGCAUUGA